AUGGCACACUCAACCGAAAAUGCCCAUCGCAAUGGACAAAGGAUCGGUUCCGAUUCAUCUGAGAAACAGCUGUGCCAGUAUCCGACUUCGGGUUCAGUCUUAUCUCAAUCUCCCACAGCUGUCGAGGAUCGGGAACAGGACUGGCCCUCAGGAUGGCGUCCAUACACAGCUUUGUUUGGAUGUUUCUUACUCAUGUUCCUCAGUUGGGGCUUGAUCAAUUGCUAUGGCACGUUUCUGUCCUACUAUUCCGAGUCGCUCUUCCGUGGCGACGAUCUGAUGUUGAGCAAUUUGAUCGGGUCGACACAAAGCUUUGUCGUCCUCUUCUUCUCUUUCAUCACUGGCCGGCUACUCGAUGCAAACCAUAGCCGUGAGCUGUUGCUGGCUGGUUCGAUCAUCAUCACCAUAGGCAUGUUUAUGCUGAGCAUUAGCAACGGCAACGGUGGCCUCAACCAAGGCAACUAUGGCUUGACAUGGUUGACACAGGGUCUAGUGACUGGACUGGGUAUGGCUUGCUUCUUUGUAUCGAGUUCUCAAAUAAUAGCGACAUGGUUCCACAAGAGAAAGGGAUUUGCCAUUGGCGUUGUAGCCUCUGGUGCAAGUAUCUGUAAGUCGUUCGUCGUUGCGGUGCUGCUGGCUCGGCCAAAUCCUGCACACCCCUUCAGGAAGCCCGAGAAGUGGAUGUCAAAGAGAACGUGGGUCGACACGUCGGCUUUCCGUGAUGCAGCAUUUUGCUCGUUCACAGCGUCGAUCUGUGCUCUGUUCCUCGGGUUCUACUGCGUGUUCUUCAGUCUCGAAGAGUGGGCAGCAACCAAUGGUAUCGCCCACAAAGGUACACCGCCCCCAGGAAGCAAGGUGACUUUGUCGACAUACUGGUUGCUGUGUAUCAUGAACGGGUGCAGUACCUUUGGCCGACUCAGCUCCGCCUGGCUUUGUGACAAGUUCGGAGCGUUGAAGGUCCACAUGAUGGUGACAGUUGUGUCGAGCAUGCUUUGCUUGUUCCUGUGGACAUUUGCCGACACGCUCGCGCCUGCAUUGGUCUUUGCCAUUCUGUUUGGAGCCUUCUCGGGCAGUGUGAUCGGGCUACCUCCGGCGUCCAUGGCGGCGAUCCUAGGACCCGAACCAGACAGACAGGCCAGACUUGGACAAUGGACAGGUAUGAUGUACACAGCGGCAGCACCAUUCGCACUGGUUGGACCUGUGAUCACCGGCCACUUGGUCACGAAAUACGAGACAUAUCUCGGAGUACAGAUCUGGAGCGGGGCGUGCCUGCUUGUAUCUGCGAUGUUCAUGGCCCUGGCGAAGUUCUUCAAAGACAGGAAGGGAACAAGCGGUGGCAGUAACGAGAAGGUGUAA